CAGUUCGCAGGCGCAUUUCCCGGUGCAUUCUCUCAUUUCAGGCCCGAGCGAGGAGCGUCGCGUUGUCGUGUCAUUCCUUCCCCGUAAUCCAUCGACGAUAGAUACCGUUCCUUUUCGCUCCACAUAUUCUUUCUCGUCCUUCUUCAUUGUUACUAGCGAGUAUUCCUGCGUUGUCGCCGCGAAAGCGGCGAUUAAACAAAUUUCUCGGGACGACAGUAAUAGGCUUUGUUAAUAUCCUCCUUGUCUGUCUUUCUUUCUUCUUUCUCUGUCUGACGUAUAAAUACUUCCUAUCCGCUGACUCCAACAUUCCACUACUACGCUAAGCAGCCACUAUUCCUCGGUUCUCCUCUCCCCACUCUUCUCCACGCUUAUUCAACUCCCGGCAUCCGUUGAUUCCCCUUCCGUCCCCUGACCGAUAAACGUACCACUGUCACGGCCGAAGAAAGAAGAGGUCGGGAUCCGAAGUAUACCAGCUGUUUCGCGCGUCGUACGUUUUCUUCUUGCACACGAUCUUCUUUCCCCACGUCUUCUGUGAUUACGGUCGGCACGGAUUACAUCGAUCAUGUCACUGAUCGCCAACUGUUUUCGACGGCUCACUGAGACACCGACUAAGAACGAGUUCAAAGGCUACAAGGUCACCGAUGUAAACCGCGUGCGAAAAAUCGGUGUUGCCUGCAGGAGCCUUCAUGAGCUGAAGCGGAAAGCGUGCGCAAAGCUGAACAUAACAAACGAUCCUGACGAAAUCAACAUCUACCUACUUGAUGGCUCGUUGAUCGACGAGGAAGAAUAUUUUUCUACGUUAAAACCUCAGACGACGUUGAUCCUUCAGAAGCCGGGCGAAAAAGUAUUAACCGAUGCGGAUCUUCUAUACGACAUCUUGAGACGUGUUAACAUCGAUUUUCUAAUUGCCGGCGAGAAAGCAUCUGAGUUCCUUACGGAAAACUUUAAAGCGAAAGUAGCCGUCCUAUAUAACGCACUGAACAAGGACGAUUCGAAAACAGCAUUCAGUAGCAGGGACGAACAUCCGGAGUGGUUUCAUGGAUUGGAGACUAACUGUACAAGUAAAGAAGCGUACUUGCAUCGUAGAUGUCAAGAUAGAAUACGAGGCUAUCUCUAUAAAAUGAUCGAUCAAAUCAAAUCAUCGGAUGUAUUCACGAAGGAUCCCCGAGCCAGAAAGCAACUAUUGUACGCCAUAGCGUUCUUUAAGAUGCAGCUGAAAGAGGACCACUAUUUUGGCUACUAUUUCGAUAGGAGCCGAGCAAAAUCCGAAGCGUUGGAGGGUGCAGACGAGCUUGAUUCGUCAUCCUGUUACGAUCAUUGUCCCUGUAGAUUGAAAUGGUUGGACGAUAGUACGUACUUCAGAUUGUUUGGAGCGAUGGAACAGUUCGAUGAUACCGAUGGUGUAAAAAGGAGGAACGAAAGAAGCUCGGACACAAAGACUGAAGAGGAAGAGGCAGAGGAGAACUGUCCUUACAAGAUUAGAAGGAAAGCGAAGAAAGCGUGUAUCGCGUUGUGCGAUCACACGGGCGAAUUUAGGUGCUACGGUAUGUGGAACGAGGAUAAAUGUUCUUACGCGGAUAAGCACAAGAUCAAUCCUUAUAGAUCGAAGGAAGAACUUGUUUUAUUCUCUACAUGGAAUUUUGAUCACAAGAUCGAGAGGUCCAGGUCUCUAAUCCCAUCGCUCCUGAAAUUAGCGUCCCAGGGUAAUACCAACGAGUCAGAUCUCAUUGAAAUUUACGACAAUCUGUUUACGAUGAAGAACUUGAGGCUGGUCCACAUCGUAUGCCACGAUAAAAGCUCGCACAAAUAAUUAGUUGUUAUCGUGUGGAAGUAUAGAAGAUUUCAGCAACACGGGAAAUCGCUAUCAAAGAUACGUAACACGUAGAAAUAACCUCUGAAUGUAAACCUCUUCGUAUGAGAAGUAUACUUAAUUGUAAAUUGUUGUUGAUAGAUGAUUUAAAAUUUCAAAGUUUAUCAUUUGUUAUAUACGAUUUCGAUUCCGUUGCGCCACGAAGCAACAAAGCAAUAUUGAUCACGAGAUCGAGAAAUCUUUUCUUUCUAUGGUAAACUAAAAUACUUUGCUAUAUUACAAUUUUCUAUUAUCUAUCAUGAAACACCAUGCACACCAAAAUUUGUUCGAUAGAAACACUGUCGAAAAAUACCGAGAUAAGAAUUUCUACCUUGCAACGACGAAUAAAUAUAUAUGUAUGUAUAUCUUGCGCACAAUUUCUGUCUCAAUCGGUAAAGUAGAAACCGAUCACGUCGAUAAUUUAAAUACAAAGUCCCGGAGAGUAACAGAUCGAUAUAAUCAAAUUAGUGCAUCGUUGACGCGAAAAUUUUUUUAUCACAUUUUUAAGACGUCUUUACAUACUAACGACUACUAUAAACUUUCUACCGACAUUUUGCUGAACAAGUGCAACGGAAUGGCGGUGUUUCUCCUUUAUCACGAAUUUGAGUUCCUAACAUGGGAACAUCUCAAUAUAUUAUACAGGGUUGGGCGCAACGGAAUAAUCGUUGAUUAAAAAGGACUUAUUACGGCGAGUCGAAGAGAUUCGUUUAAAGGACUGUUAAUUGUCUUGCUGAAAUUGCAACAAAGGGGCUGUCCAAGGAUGACCUAACUUUGGGGUGCAUUUGGAGAUUAUCUUUAAAAAAAUGUACUCCGUAAGAUCGAGUAUCUUUCGGAUAUUUUUGAUUCGACUGGUUCACCGAAGGCAAAACCAAAGUUCUGAUAUAUAUAUAUACAUAUAUUAUAUAAAUAUAUAAAUAUAUACAUAUUCAUUACUGAAUUUAGAGAAUACAUAUACAUAUAUAUUUAUUUAUUAUGGGCGCGUGUGCAGAAUGAUGAAAUUGUGUCUCAUUGGGAUUUAAUAUUUAAAAGUUAGAUAAUGUUGAAAUAUUGAAUAGUAAAUGCAAAAAAUUAUAUAAUUAAUAUUAUUAUAUUAAUUAUUAAUAUUAUAUAUACUAUAUUAUUAUAAUAUUAUAUUUUUAUUAUAAUAUUAUUAUAUUAAUUAUUAAUAUUAUAUAUACUAUAUAUAACAAUUAUAUAAUUAAAAAUAGUAAAUGCAUUAAGACAUGCGAAAUUUAAUUGAGUUUAAUUGAGUAAAUAAAUACUCUAGAUCUCAUAAUGAUCUACGGAAGUGUUAAUGCAUGACAUUCUCAGUAUUUCAUUUGGCAAUUUAAAUAUCGUCUGAUCAUAUUCGACUCAUCCUGCACUCGUGACAUAUAGAUAAAUAUACAUAUAUAUAAAGAUAUACAUAUACUAUAUUUAGAUAUAUACACAGAAGAAAUUAUAAAAUGUUUUAGAGAUUUGUGCGAUAUAUGUAAAACGGUGCCGCUUCCGGCACAGAAAUAUCUAAUGGAAGGACCUGAUUCGAAUUACAUCUUUUUGAUAAUUCUUCUUUUGAUAUGAUUUCGGUCGGACUUUGUUGGUUUCGUCGCGACUUCUCUCUUGGGACUAAUCGCUACGAAACGAACCAUUGUCGAUUCAACUAACUUUUUAUAAAAUCUGAAUUACUAUCGACGACGAUCACGACGACCAGAGAUAACGAGAGAGAUAAUGAGAACCAUUGGCAAUUUAGUAAAUUUAUUUGCGUAUCGAGCGCCGUGUAUGAGUCUCGAACAUUACAUUACAGUCUCGAACAGCUUAGAACAUUCAUAAUUAUUUGAUACAGUUUUUUGGUCACCUUGAUGCAACGUAUAUUGUAAUAAAUAGACUGCGGAUAUUUAUGCAUUUAUGCCAAACAUAACGAAGCAAAAAUGUACAGAACGUACGUAAAUGCAAAUAUAUACAAAAUGUUCAAAGUACGAUACUCGUUAUAAUAUCCAGUAAAUGAAACAAAUCACUAUUUAGAAUCCAUUUCUUCUGUUUAUGUUCACAAGAAUAUGAAUUUUCAUAAAAUUUCGCAGUCUAGUAACGAAGCACAUGCCACGGGAGUGUUUCGCAGCCUCAAUGAUUGGUGUCCCGUGCUUGAAAUAGUACGCGCUAUUAUGUAUAACAGAUCAUUGUGUUUCGACCAAUUAAAAAUUUGCGUCGCUAUUAUUCAGAAAUUUCCUUUGUAUCGAAGGCACUGGCACCUUUCCUGUUUAAGAGCAGAAAUUUGCGAAAUUGUCGGGAAUCGAUCGAAGGAUGGCGUUUCGAGGAUGUGGCAAUAUUGUUUGUCGAUGUACGCUGCACGCAAAAUCCCAGCUUUAUCGUCAGAGGAAUUCAUUUGAAAAGGUGUUUACUAGUGACAUACCAUCGGUAAAGCACCUUGAAUUAACGUGCGGUUUAUUGAUUUCGUAUAUCUCUCGAAAUUGUUUUAAUCGAUCAAGAUUAGUAGCCAGCUAUCUUAAAAUUGAUAUGUAAUCAAAGUCGUUAUGCUGUUUCGAACGAGAAAACAAGAACAAGAUGAAAGGUUGUGCAAGAACGGUUAUGAAUCACGAUGAAGAAAAAUGAAAUUCACUCGUAUAUCAAGGAGUAAUCGCCAGUUGUCGUGAUGUUUCCUAAACACAAAAGAGAAAUAAAGAGAGAUUUAAAAUUUUUGUGAAAAACAUCAUGCCGAAAAGGAUGACGACGUUGUAUCAUGAUUAAGGAUACGUGCAACCAAACAGGAAAGAAACUGCACGAAAAUGCGAUAUUUCCUCGUAGACAAUGUAUAAAUAUAGUUAUUUUUCAAUGUAAAGCGACUGUAUAGCUCUAUUUUAGGCAAAUGUAUAUUUUAGGUACGAGAGGACGACAGAGAGGAGAGCAAGAAAGAAACAGAAAGCUGGUCGUUAA